ACAUCAACCUUGCCAAUAUGAACACACCCCUGGUAAAGAGAGACGAGUGUGCGCAUGUGUUGUGUAUCGCGCGCCACGGAGCGGAGCUGUCGACAGGUACAUGACACAGCUGACUGGGCGCGCGCAGCCGUUCGCUCUCCGUGGUGCUGAAUGUUCUCCUAACCGCUACCUGCCUCACUGUAGAUCGUCACGAAAGAUAAGGGAGAGUGGAGCUUCUUCCGCUGGAAAAUAGCCAUACAAUUUUGACCUUUUCCGCAUAAUCAUCGACGUUGUUUCUCUCAUGAUCUUAUCAUAUUAUGGACACAUUUCAAACGUUAUCAAGAGGGUGAUUUUAUUUUUUUAUUUUUUUAUUUUAGCAAUUGACUGGGAUCUGUAGCCUACAAGAUGGCACUGAAUGGAUGUACAUUGCAUAAGGCAAAGGAAGAUUUAUCAGACUGUUUUGUGACUGUGAAACCAUACCAUAUCAGAUUGGUCGCCUAAUUCUGCAAUAUAAUCGUUUUUUUUUUCUCAGCUCAUUCAACACACCUGGCAUUGGAUGUCUAAACCUCGAUUUUCUACCGAGAAAGAGGCACAUCAUUCGGAUUCACAUUUUACCGAAUAUGUUUAGCAAUAUUUCAUAUUUGAAUUAUUUAUCGUAAUAUAAAAGAAAUCGAGCAGAAAUCAAGAAGAAUUUGGAAUCAUGGAAUCCGAUCCCGAACCCGUUAAGCAUCGGGCUUUCCCGCCCAGUAAAGAAGUGCUGAAGAAUUUGGCAGGAAAGACCUUCGGCCAUCUGUACAGGGUGGUGGAGAAACGUCAGAAGACAGGUGAGGUGAUCGAGUUAACGGAGGACGGACGGCCUUCGGAGCAGCAGGAGAAGAAACCGCCUUUAUGUGACUGCACGUGCUUCGGCCUCCCUCGCCGUUACAUCAUCGCCAUCAUGAGCGGCCUCGGUUUCUGCAUCUCCUUCGGUAUCCGGUGUAACCUGGGCGUGGCUAUCGUGGGCAUGGUCAAUAACAGUACCAUACACAAGGACGGCAAGAUCAUCAUCACAGAGAAAGCGAAGUUCAACUGGGAUCCAGAGACGGUGGGGAUGAUCCACGGUUCCUUCUUCUGGGGCUACAUAGUCACUCAAAUACCCGGAGGGUGGAUAUGCUCACGACUGGCAGCAAACAGAGUGUUUGGGCUAGCCAUCUUCCUCACGUCCACCCUCAACAUGCUCAUCCCCUCCGCUGCCCGGGUGGACUAUCGCUGCGUCAUCUGUGUUCGGAUACUACAAGGUCUGGUGGAGGGAGUGACCUACCCAGCCUGUCAUGGCAUCUGGAGUAAGUGGGCCCCACCACUGGAGAGGAGCCGUCUGGCCACCACCUCAUUCUGUGGAUCAUAUGCUGGUGCCGUGAUAGCCAUGCCUCUGGCUGGGAUCUUGGUCCAGUACUCUGGCUGGUCCUCCGUCUUCUAUCUGUACGGCUGCUUUGGGAUGUUCUGGUACAUGUUCUGGAUCCUGGUGUCCUAUGAGAGCCCAGAGGUUCACCCCACCAUCACCGCCGAGGAGAGACGUUACAUCGAGGAGAGCAUCGGAGAGGGUCAAGAACUAUUCGGUCCUGCUAGCAAAUACAAGACUCCAUGGAGGAAGUUCUUCACCUCAAUGCCCGUCUAUGCUAUCAUCGUGGCCAACUUCUGCAGGAGCUGGACCUUUUACCUCCUCCUCAUCAGCCAGCCGGCCUACUUCGAGGAGGUGUUCGGCUUCGAGAUCAGCAAGGUGGGCAUGGUGUCGGCCCUGCCUCACUUGGUGAUGACCAUCAUCGUGCCCAUCGGAGGACAGCUGGCUGACUGGCUUCGCACCAGAAACAUCCUGUCUACUACCACCGUCAGGAAGAUCAUGAACUGUGGAGGGUUUGGAAUGGAGGCCACCUUGCUUCUUGUGGUCGGUUUCUCUCACACCAAGGGUGUGGCCAUCUCCUUCCUGGUCAUGGCUGUGGGCUUCAGUGGCUUCGCUAUAUCAGGUUUCAAUGUGAACCACCUGGAUAUCGCCCCUCGCUAUGCCAGUAUCCUGAUGGGUAUAUCUAACGGUGUGGGAACCCUGUCAGGGAUGGUGUGCCCACUCAUCGUGGGGGCCAUGACCAAAAACAAGACUCGAGAGGAGUGGCAGUGGGUGUUCCUCAUCGCUGCCCUGGUUCACUACGGAGGGGUCAUCUUCUACGGGAUCUUUGCGUCGGGCGAGAAGCAGCCAUGGGCCGACCCGGAGCUGACCAGCGACGAGAAGUGUGGCUUCAUCGACGAGGACGAGCUGGCAGAGGAGACGGGUGACAUCACACAGGGCUAUAGUGGUGGCAUGGCGGCAGUAGGCGCAGGGAAGAGUUACGGGGCCACUACAACUGGGCUCAACGGGGGCUGGGUGGCACCAGACAGCUGGGAGAAUGUAGAGGAGGAACCAGCUGGACAGACCUGGGCAGAUUGAGACUACUCAUAGAACAGGGCCGUAUGUAUCAAGUGUAUCAGAGCAGAAGUGCAGAUUUUGGAUCAUGUUUUGCCUUUUAUAUCAUAAUGAAUAAUAUUAGGUGGCUGAUCCUAGAUCAGCUAUCCUACUCUGAGACGCUUGAUACAUACGGCCCCAGAUAUAAUCAUGUUAUGGCAGCGGUUGGGGUGUUCUAGCCUGGUUUCUAAUCUGUUUGUGCUGUCUUGCCAACGCCUACAAUGACCAUAGACCACUCCUACAAUGACCACGGCACAAACAGAUUUGGGACCAGGCUAGGGUAGUUCACCCACUAAAAGAGAGAGAGAGAGAGAGAGAGAGAGAGAGAAAUGCCAUUGUGGUUUGCACAAAUUAGCAUAAAAAAAUUAGAUACUGUAUGUAAAAUAUUUACGUAUAUUGCGAAAAAAUAAAUAAUAAUAAUAAUAAAAUCACGCGUUGGUUCCACACAAGCAGGUUAAAAUAUCAGUGUAAAAUAUAUUUUCAGUUCAUCGCAACGCAGUGCAAUCUGUAAUAGAGUGUGAUUAUAAUCCCCAUGUCGCCCAUCUAGAGCCUUCGAUCCUAGCAGUUUAAGGGCAACGGUAGGUCUAGUUAUUAUACCUUCAAGGCUCCCUAACCUCAUAAAAAUGUACUUGAAACAACAAACGAGCCAGAUAUUGUGAACGUCAUAGGUCUAUAAAACCCUUGUCUGAAAUAUCACUUUCUGAUUGCACUGAUACUGUAAGUAUUAAAAAAUAAAAAUAAAAAAAAUAAAAAAUAGAUAUUAUUAUAUUUCUUAUCAAUGGCGUUUUAUGUACUUUAUAUAUACUGUUUCUGUGAGACUAUUGUGGAUUUGGGUCGUCGAUCUGUGUGACAAAUUGAUGUAAAAAGGCCAUAUUUUUCACGGACAUAAUCUUUUCAGGGAGUUGUAUGAUCCGCUUACAAAACAAAGUCUUGUUCUUGAGCAAGGCCUAAACAACUAAGGAAAAGACUUAAACUAAAGUGUGUGUGUGUGUGUGUGUGUGUGUGUGUGUGUGUGUGUGUGUGUGUGUGUGUGUGUGUGUGUGUGUGUGUGUGUGUGCGUGCGUGCGUGCGUGCGUGUGUGUGUGAAGUGUAAAACUCAGUGUAAUAUUUAUAUGUGCGUUGUUGCAUGAAUUUGCUCAAAUAGAUGUUUCUGAUACAGCUUUUUCAUAGCCACUGAUAGUCCUCAUCCCUUUCACUGCUUUAUUUUGAAAUAAUAUGUCUAGUACCAUACCAGUGAUAACAUGGACUUUUAUGUUCAUAUUAUGGUAUCCAUGAGAGAUUUAAAAAUAUAUAUAUAAUGAUUGCACUAUAAGCACAGAAUUACACUAGAAUGAACAUUGGCACCCUGGCAUCAUGACUACAGGGCGGCCAUCUUGGGCUGCUAUUGUAUUUCUACGUGUGAAGGAGAACUUUUCUCUCAAGGGCAUCAUUGAUUGAGCAACUGUGUUUGAUGUGCAUUGCAAUAAUUCCCCCAUGCAACGGUUGCUACUAUCCAUCCAGUUUCUGUUCCGUAAACUACUGUAACACUGGCUUGCUGUAUCAAACUAGGUAUUUUUUGGGGAGUUGUCAUAAAGAUAAAGGAGAAUAUAAAGUGUACGUUUAUAUGAAAUAAAUCGCUGCUGUUCUAGGUAAAAAAAAAAAGACCAAUUACAACAUUGCUUUAUAAUACAGAGAACAAUUAUAACAUUUUUGCCAGACAAGAAAAUCUGAAAAUCGAAAACAAUUGAAUGUUUGUGUUGAUCUAGAUGUGUCUUCAUUUCUUUCGUUGCCAACCUACAGUAAGUGGUCCUUUUUGAAAGUAUAUGGUAUUUGUGUAAUAACCCACUGAAUUAUCAUGAAUAUUCAUUGGCUUGAAUGAAUCUUCGUCAAUGGGAUGUCCUUUCUUUUCCUUAUUGUUUGCUAAAAAGUAAUAAUAAUAAAUUCUCUGCAAGGGUGUUUAAAAAUAUAUACAAAUACUGAAAAAGUACUGACGAAUGUUGCUAUAUUUGGGCUUUGAGUCCGACGUUUAUGUAUAAAUUAUAAAUGUGUUUGUAUGGCUUCUAAUAAUAUCGUGUUUAUUGGAGAGGUUUGCUGAUGUCAAAAAAGUGUUAUAUAUAUAAAUGCUGAAAUCAUUUUAUAAAGAAAUAACUACCUAAA